AUGGCAGGUGCCGAGUUGCCGGCGGCGCUGGAGCAGCGGCUCGCCGCCCUGGCCAUCCGCACAGAGGUCGUGGAGCACCCAGAGGUGUUUACAAUUGAAGAAAUGAUGCCUCAUAUCCAGCAUUUGAAAGGAGCACACAGUAAGAACUUAUUUCUUAAGGACAAAAAGAAAAAAGGCUAUUGGCUGGUGACAGUUCUUCAUGACAGACAAAUUAAUUUAAAUGAUCUCGCCAAGCAGUUAGGUGUUGGGAGUGGAAACCUGUGGUUUGCCGAUGAAGCAGCCAUGCUAGAAAAACUGAAAGUUGGCCAAGGCUGUGCCACUCCGUUGGCACUCUUCUGUGAUGAUGGAGAUGAACUGGAUUCUGCCUUUUUGGAAGGUGGACAUGAAAAGGUGUACUUUCAUCCAAUGACCAAUACUGCAACCAUGGGAUUGAGCCCUGAAGACUUUCUCACGUUUGUGAAGAACACAGGACAUGAUCCCAUAAUACUAAACUUUGAUAAAAACUAA